UCCCCCGCCGCCGGGCCGCCCGCCGUGCACCCCGCCGCGCCGUGCAGGAACAUGGCGGGACCGGCGACCGACAGUGAUGCCGUAGUGAAACUAGACGAUGGGCAUUUAAACAACUCCUUGGGCUCUCCGGUUCAAGCGGACGUGUACUUCCCACGACUGAUAGUUCCGUUUUGUGGGCACAUUAAAGGUGGCAUGAGACCGGGCAAGAAGGUGUUAGUGAUGGGCAUCGUAGACCUCAACCCAGAGAGUUUUGCAAUCAGCUUGACCUGUGGUGACUCGGAAGACCCACCAGCCGAUGUGGCAAUUGAACUCAAGGCUGUGUUUACAGAACGGCAGCUACUCAGAAAUUCUUGUAUAUCUGGGGAGAGGGGGGAAGAACAGUCAGCAAUACCUUACUUUCCAUUCAUCCCAGACCAGCCAUUCAGGGUGGAAAUUCUCUGUGAGCACCCACGGUUCAGAGUGUUUGUGGACGGACACCAACUCUUUGAUUUUUACCACCGCAUUCAAACAUUAUCUGCCAUCGACACCAUCAAGAUAAAUGGGGACCUCCAGCUCACUAAGCUUGGUUGAUGUUGUUCUAAACCACCUCUGUUUCAAAUAGGAUCAGGUGCCACGACUAUCUGACUGUCAGUCUGGGAGAACUGUCCUACGAGAGCUGGAGACUUAAAAAGACAACAAAAAACAAAAGGCAGGCAUCACCGUCUCUUCUCUUUGUGCCGUUUAAACCCAAGUUGACAACGUCCAUUGUGGUCUGCCCUUAGGAAGACAGCCGUUGGGACAAAGACACCGAGCCAUUAUUCCCAGAACAAAACAAAACACACACACACAUUUAUGCUGGAUUUUAUUCAGACUAAACUAAAAUGUACUGGUGAUGGUUUGUGGUUUGGUAGCAGUUUAUUCAUCUUUUCAAAGCAAGAUGAUAUUUAGAAACAAAAGUGCUGAAGACUUAAAAACAGAAACGGUACACCGAAGUCAACUCUCGUGUCAGCACUGAAUGGAAUUGCGUAGCACAACCAACAUUUUAGUCAGGGUAUUUACAUAGAAUGUAGGUUGUUCAAGGUUUGUUUGUUGGUGUUUUUUUUUUUUUAGCACAGUAUAAUGUUAAUUCAGAUUUUUAAAGCUUCCUUGUAGUUAUUUAUUUAUACUCAGUGUAUGUAGUAGAGAAUGAGCAAUGUCUCUGAACAUCGAGAAGCAGCAAGUUACGAACUUUUGAAUGUACAAAUAUCUUAGGUCCGUGGGGGAAAAUUACGUAUCACAAUCAUGGAACAAGUGAAUGUCUACCUUAAAAAAUGGAAUCAUAUCCUCCAUGCCCUUAAACUUAGGAUUUUCUUGAUAUAAAUUGCUAUGAGUGCUUUUGGGAAAACUUUGCAACACUUAGAUAAAACUGCAUUUCAAGUUACUAUUAUGUAAAAUUCUACUUUCGUUGCUUUUUCUCCUUACUGUGAAUUAGCACAGUAUUGGCUUCCUUAAGGUUAAGUAACUACUUUUCCCUAGAUUUACAUAAUAGCUCAUUAAGUUGUUAUAAAAUUAAUUGAAAACCAGUAAGAGGUGAUUGCAUAGACAAUUUAAAUGACUAGUGUGUGAACUUUAAAAGUAUAAUAUGAAAUUCAUUGUGGAAUGCAGUGUAAAGCAGAAGCAAAUGUCCCAGAUAACUUAGAAAUAAUUUAUAUCAACUUAAGCUGUCAGCUCAUUGUAUAACUUUUCUUCUGUGACCCUCCCCAAUACCCCUAAGCAAUGCCUUUGGAGCUUCAGAGUAGAGGAUGCGUCCUGCUAUGUUGACUCUGCUGACAUGUUAGGAUAAGACAAGAUCCAGAUUAGGGAAUAAUCCAGUUAGUUUAUAUGAAAGGUUAACACCCAGGACUCCAGGUCUUUGAGUGCAGCCAGAAGUGUGGAUGCUUCAAAUUACGUUGUAGGAGUUUUCCUACUUGUGGAACUGGUUGAACGGUAAGGUGUCACACCGUCUCCAGCGCAGGCCUGCAGAGCUGGAAGUAUCACUGCAAGGCAAGGGACGCUGGGAGUUGUGGGUGCUGGACUUCACCAACUGCAUUUGCCCUGGAAAGAAGGACCCUAGGCGUUGCUUUGGUCAGGUAGUGGGGGAAGAAAGGGGUGCUGGGGUGGGGGUGUAUUUAUAUCUAAUUUAGGCUUUGUGCAGCAUACUGCGUCUUGCUAUGACAUGUUCUUGUCCUGCUUUGCUUUUGAGUUUUUUACACGACAUGCAGACACUGAAGUGGCCGUGUCAUUUUCAUGUGUCAAGAAUGUAGACAGUGUUUCAGUACCAAAGUCGAAGAAAAACAAAGCAAGUUUAAAAUUGUGACUUUUUUUUAUAGGUGAUAUGUUUGGAUUGUUCUCAGCUUUGCAGCUGUUUAGCACAUGGUUCCCCUGUAUUAUAUAAGAAGCUACUUCACCGAACAGGACUCCCUGUGCAUUGAAAAGCUUUAUAUGCUCCUGACUUAAUCAGCCAUAUUCGGCCAAGAGGGCUGUUCUGUGGCUUCAGGUAUUUUCAAGCGUGUGAUUAACUUCUCAUGGGUUUGAAAAGGUGCUAAAAUUUGAAGAGUGUUUGUAGAGAGACUUAGAUGGCACCCUGAGAAUGUAGGGGUUUUGAGUCUGCUUAUGUUGGAAGACCCCCAUGAGAGAUCUCCUUUGAGUGGCCAACCAUUCCCACCCCCUGCAUAAUUCAGCGGAAACUAGAGGAGCAGGGAGUAUAACUGAUUGGAAUUGACACUGUCCUUUCUACCUAUCAGCUAACUCAUUAGCAGGCCAGCCCUUAGGCAGCUUAGCUUGAAGAUAGAGUGUUAACCCGUAUGUUUCUCUAUGAGGUCACUGGGAACCUCUUGGAUAAGCCAAUUGGGAUCAAUCUAAAUGAUGGGAUGGUUUGAUUCAGACGUCACUAAAUUAGUAGGGGGCUAACCCAGCUGCUCGAAUUGUUAGCUGGAAGCUGGAAGCAAUUCUCACAUCCUCAUUAGCAGGUGAGGUCUAAGGUGGGAAUUUCAGCAUGGAAAGUGCAAUUUAAGCCUUCACAGGAAAGCAUUUGGGUAUGUAAGGAGUUAGUUCUGACCAGAGCCCUAGUUUUGCAUUCUGACCGAAACCAAGGUGUAUAAAUAACAGUCAAGCUCUGGGAGGGAACGAGACGAGCUUUAGACAAUCUGUCCGUUUCCGCAGUAAAAUUGGAGUGGAUGUGUGUAUGUUUUCAAGUUAAUAUAAGUGACUUCUGCUUUCUGGGCUAUCGUCCCCCCACCCCGAAUUGUCUUAAAAUUAGUCAUUCUUUUUUUUAAAUAUCGAAACCCCAUUUCAAAUCUUGCCAACCUUGGUUCAGACCACAUUAAGAGAUCACUCUUAAAAUUGAUGGUGAUUUGUUAACAUGACAAAUGUUUCAUUUUUAUUUUUAAAGAUAGAUCCAAAAAGAGGGAGGGAGACCUGUUGCCUUGAGAGAAACAGCCUUGACGUUUUUCAGCAUUAACCCAGAAAUAAAUGUUCCCAUGACAUAUUUUCAAAGAAACACUUUCUUCUUUUCUGCGUGGUGUAAAAUGUAGCUAAAUGUGUUCUUACAUUAUGAUGUCACUGCUCAAAGUUAUUUGCACUAUAAUAAAGGAAUUUUCUACAAAA